AGGAAUGUUCUCUUUUAUAACUUAUUACGUUUUCUAUGGGUGUUUUUUCAGAUAUUAUUUCUUAUCUCUAUUAGUUUAUUCAUUAAAAAUUCUAUGUUUUCUUAAUUUUCCAUUAGUAGUUAUGCUUAAGUAUCUGUAAAUAAGCUUAUUGUUUUGUUUUAAUUGUAAAAAUAAACAAUCCAUUAAAAAUGACGGACUUUCGAUCUUUUUAUGUUUAUAAAAAAUCUAACGAAAAGAAUCAAUAUUACUAUCCACCAUCCUUACCUAGAAUUAGAACUUCUACUAGCAAAUUUAUAAUAUUUUUGACUGGUGUACUUUGUUCACUCAUUCCAGUGUUUAAAAGUGACAAUUUGUACAUGAGUGUGUUUUUAUACAACUUAGGACUCAUUACAAUAUUUAUUUUGGAUUAUUUUCAUAGAGUAUUGCUUCUCAUAGAAGAGAAGAAUCAUCUUAUUUCAAGAUAUAAUGGCAGAUAUUGGACUCUUAUUCAUAAUUUUAUAUAUAUGCCUAAAGUAGCUGUAAUUAUAUUGAUAUUUUCUGUAUGUUUCACUUCAUAUGUAUGGGGUAACAAUAACAAUAGGACAGAUUUCUAUGAUUUUGUAGAAACAAAUUUUCUUUUACAUUUUCCAUGGUACUUGUUAAGUCUAUAUCUGAUCAACAAACUUUUAGAAGUGGACACUUCAAUUAUCCAUUUUUCUUUGUGGAUAUCAAAUAAUCAUGGUAUUGAUUAUGGUGCUGGAAUGGCAUACUCAUAUUAUUAUGGAUAUUUGAAUUUGAUCCUGAACAAAAUUGGUGAAAGUGAUUUAAAUCUUAAAGAUGCCAUGCAAAUUUAUGAGAGCAAGGAAGAAAUUAAAUUCGAACUCUAUAAAAUGUUUAUUUUAAUUCCCAAAUCUAUGCACUGUUUGGUGUCUUUAGAUGAAUCAGUUGAUAUAGAGUGUGCGAAGUCUUUAUUGGAGAAAACUAUUACUAGGGCAGGCGUUAGAGACAGAGUAUACAAAAAUCCUGUUUACAAAAUCAAAUCUGAUGACGGUUGGAAGUAUCUUGUAGCUGAAUAUGCAAGUCCACUAAAAACUUUCAAAGAAGUCGUCGAACACUCGAGGCACGAACGUCACAGCUAUAUUUAUCGAUGUUUGCAAAGCGAUAUAGUACAGCAGUUUUAUAUUACCCUUAAUCAAAUUUUGAGUGAUAAUAGGGCGAGUGAAUUAUGCGAUCUUAUUUAUUAUGAGGACAUAGACAUGGAUGGAAAAACAUUGGAUAUAAGCAAGAUUCUGAUGACGAGAAUUAAACAAUUACAGGGCAGCAAGAAAUUCAAAUAAAUAUAAUUUAAUAAGUUCAAUUUUUAUACAAAAAAUUUCAAAGUGCCUUUUAAUUUAGUUUUAAUGUAAAUGCAUUGAACAUAUUUAUUUAUAUAUGUGUUUUAAUUUAACUUAAUAUUAGUAAGUUAUGUAAAAUUGUAAAGCUUUUUCUAAAUAUAAUAUUAUUAUAAUAUAUAAUUAUAUGGAAUAAAUAAAUAAAAUUUG